AUGGCAGCCAUUAAUCAAGCUCCAACUUUCAUGCGUUCAAAAGCAUCAUCUACUUCUCCCUUCCCUUCGGCUUCCCAUAAAUAUAUCACAAAAGCUGCUAUCAAUUUUCCAAAGAUUAAAACCAAUAAUAUAAGCAUCCGCCCUCCAAAGAUCCCAUCAAACAUAAGUCUGGUUGAAGAAACGGAUAUAUUUUCAAGAAUCAUAUCCAAGAACCCGACAUCAAGCCCUAGAAAUGUUUCUGGUGAUCCUCAAGUUAUGGAGAAGCUUUACCUGAUAAUGGAGGCUGUUUCUGAUCGGGUGGAGAUGCAUAAGAAUAUUGGAGAGCAAAGGAACAACUGGAACAGCCUGUUGUUAACUUCGAUCAACACCAUUACUCUUUCGGCGGCAACCAUGGCUGGUAUUGCUGCUGCCAUGACUACUACACCUGGUGCACCAUUAGAAGUGCUUAAGCUCUCAUCUACGUUCAUGUAUUUAGCUGCAACAGGGUUGUUGAUUAUCAUGAACAAGAUCCAACCUUCCCAACUAGCUGAAGAACAAAGAAAUGCUGCAAGAUUGUUGAAGCAACUUGAAAGCGAAAUCCAGACAAAAAUCGCCAUAGGUAAUCCUAAACUCCGUGAUGUGAAUGAAGCGAUGAAGAAGGUUUUGGCUAUAGAUAGAGCAUACCCUCUUCCUUUACUUGGCGCCAUGCUUGAAAAGUUUCCAGCUAAAACUGAACCAGCGGUUUGGUGGCCAGAAAAGAGGAGGUCUUGUGCUAAAGGGAAAAACGAUAAAAAUGGUUGGAGUGUGGAGUUAGAAGAGGAGAUGAGAGAGAUCAUUAAAGUUUUGGAAGUAAAAGAUAAAGAUGAUUACUUGAGGUUAGGCGAUAAGGCCUUGAAACUCAACAAAGCUUUAGCCAUAGCUGGUCCACUACUAACAGGCUUAGGAGCCAUUGGUUCGACCUUUCUUGCAUCCUCUCCUCAUAAUUCUUGGGCUGUGGUGCUCGGAAUCAUGGGAGGUGCAAUGGCAAGUGUUGUGAACACCGUAGAACAUGGUGGGCAAGUGGGCAUGGUGUUUGAAAUGUAUCGAAGCAAUGCAGGGUUCUUCAAAAUGAUGGAGGAAUCCAUAGAUUCGAACUUGAAGGAAAGAGAUGAGGAAAGAAGAGACAAUGGUGAAGCGUUUGAGAUAAAGGUGGCACUUCAGCUUGGAAGAAGUUUAUCUGAGCUUAGAGAUGUUGCAGCUUCAUCUUCAAAGAAAGGGAAAGACAUUGAAGAGUUUGGAAGCAAGCUUUUCUAA